AGUAAUCAUCUCUUUGAAAAAAUUCAGUGCCUGACGCAAACAUAUGGAGGACAGCUUGCGCAAUCGCACUAAAAAAAUCAAGGAAAUCAAGAAAAUGAUAAACCAUCACGAAAAGAAGUUGUUCAACGAUGAAGAGACGACUGAGUGGCAUAGGGAACCGUUCAUCAAGUCUGAAUAACGAAAGCACAACAGUACGUUUUGGUAGUGUUUAAAAAGCCUCUUCUAUUUACACAACCAAAGUUUUUAACGUUUGGAGUCAUAUCUUGUUGUCUUUGUAUUUUCUUGUUCAUUUUUCCCAGACCUUAAGCGAGGACACUCAUCCGAACUUUGAUCCUUUCAAUUUACCAAUGCUCUCUGCUGGAAUCGGAACAGUAACUGUGUACCUCACAAGCGGUUCAGUGCGUCUCUUCAACCCAAUGUCUGAGAAGGCCUACAAAACCUGUUUCUUCUUCGACUAUGCGGGUAUCAGCCUAAUGACCUUCACUUCAUGCCAAGUAUUGUUUUUUUACACCCGACCUAUGAAUACUGGUUGGAUGAUCUUCGAGUUUCCUUCUCUUUUCUUCUCAGUAGCAAGCUGUCUCAGCUUUCUCGGGACUUGUCACGAGGAUGACACGUGCUUAGUGUUCUCUGCCUGCAGUAAAUUAUCCCGUGGUUUCUACGUUGGUUACGUGGUUAAUAUGAUUCUAUCCGACCUCCUGUAUAGCGGCAGGUUUCCAGAGCGUAUUUUCCCUGGAAUGUUUGAUUUAAUUGGCCAAGGUCACCAACUCAUGCACGUUUUAUCUGCCAUUGGAACAGAAUUUGCCUACAGGAUGAUUGAACUGCACAGGAAGCAAGCACAAGAGAGUGCAGUAAAAAUGGUGGCUACAGUGAGUCGUGUUUUAUUGUUUAACACCCUGAUGCUAACUAUUUUUAUGCUUGUGUUGAAUGCGGGUAUCGUCUUGUGUUUUGGAUUAGCAUCUGGUAGUGAUAGUAUGGAUAGCAUGGUUGAGCCUGCUGAGUGA